AUGGCAAGAAUAGCAAAAGUGGUCAAGAUCUCAGAACAAGAGCUAGACCAAGUGAAGCAAAAUAGGAAUGGGAUGGUAGGGAUACCAAGGAAGCGCUUAGAGGAGAAGGCAAAAGCUUUGGCAAAUCAAGGGGAGUGGACCUCGUUCAUUGACAUAUUAGCACUGUUGGUGUUUGGGACUAUACUAUUUCCGAAUGUAGACGGGCUAGUGGAUCUAGCAGCGAUCGACGCCUUUCUUGCUUAUCGCCACAGCAAGGAAAGCCCGGUCAUCGCUGCUUUGGCGGAUGCAUAUGAUACAUUCGACUUGAGGUGCGAGAAGAGUAGUGCGAGAAUUGUCUAUUGUACGCCUGCUCUUUAUGUAUGGUUGGUAUCCCACGUUUUUCAUCAUGAAGGUAGACCUGUUUGUCCCCUACAAGGUCAUCAUGUGUGUUCCAAAAAGGGUAAAGCAAAUUGGGAAGAACUCUUGGCAGGCAUGACAAAAGCGUCCAUUAGUUGGUUCCCACGGUGGAAAGAAGGAGAGGCAGGAGUGUUAUGCUCAUGUGAAGGAUUCCCAAAUGUCCCUUUGAUGGGGACGAGAGGUUGUAUUAACUAUAAUCCCAUGUUGGCCAUAAGACAGUUAGGCUACCCUAUGAGAGGUGCACCAUCGGAGAAAGUCAUCACACCUUUCAUCACGGGAGGCUUCAAUGAAGCUAAUGCAAAGAUACUUCAGAAAAUCUCUAAAGCAUGGAAUAGAGUGGGAAGAAAAGAUAAGGAGCUUAGAGGAAGUAGCAAUGACGUCAUCAACGGCUAUCACAAGUGGUUGAAGUCUAGAACACAAGGGAUAACUUGGCUCCCAAAGCUAAAAAGUUUAAGUAGGAAAGAGGCUGAAAUUCCUGAGGAAAGUGAAAAAGUGCAGGCUUUGAAGGCAGAGCUCGAAGGUGAAAGAGAAGUUGAAGACGACAGUCACUAG